UUUCUUCAUAUCUAUCCAAACUAGUAUUCUGGGAAACUUGGAGUCUCUCACAAUAGAAAUAUAUAAGAGAAAGAAGCUCAAGAUUUUACAAGCAGCGGAGAAGAAAAAGAUGGAAGGUCGAGUAGAUGUUGAGCAGGUGUACAAGUCUAUGGUUGUUAAGGUUGAUUCUUUGGCGACUUGGGACUUGUCUGUAACUCAAGCCACAACCCAUGGCAGCCCUAUUGUUGUGCACUUCACUGCUUCAUGGUGUAUGCCUUCUGUGGCUAUGAACCCACUCUUUGAAGAAUUGGCCUCAAGCUAUCCAGAUGUUUUGUUUCUCGCUGUUGAUGUGGAUGAAGUUAAGGAGGUGGCGACUCGGCUUGACAUAAAGGCUAUGCCAACUUUUUUGGUGAUGAAGGAAGGUAAACAGAUUGACAAAGUUGUUGGUGCCAAUCCUGAAGAGAUAAGGAAAAGGAUCGAUGGACAUGUUCAGUCCAUACGUAUGUGUGUUGCAUAGGACUACAGUGGGAUAUUAUUCAUCUUCAAUUUGUGUGAAAUAAGUGGUUGUCAUGGUUUGUGCACAGAUGAUAGGGAUGGUUGAUAAGUUUUCCUUUGGUUGCUGUCAUUUUGGUGCUUUGUACUUCUUUUUAGUGAUCAUUCUCUUGAAUAGUUAUAGUUCAUCUCAAGCUUUUGUAAUUGGUUCUUGUAAAUUCAGUAAGAUGUUAAGAGUUGGGUGAUUUGAUUUUCAAUGUGUGCU